ACACGGAACGCGAUGUUGAGGCAGAUGCUGACGCUCCUCGUUCUCACGAGCGGGAUAUUUUGCUCAGUUUCGUCGGACCCGAUCGAAACAAUUCCAUCCACGGACGCAGGCCCAGACUCGAGUCUAAAUCAAAGCCAAACCAGGAUUCUCAACGACUCCUCGAAACCGCAAACUCGUAGCCAGAAAGGUAUGCUUUCAGGCUCCCUCCCGUCGUCGCUGAUCACUAUGAACGGUCAAAAUAAUUACCAGGCGAGCCAACAGACGUUUUACGGCGAGGAGGCGUCGAGCAGCUGCGAGAAAUGCAAUAGAAGCUGCACAAAUGUUUUGAGAAGGACCGAUUACGUUAUCACUCCGGGCAUAGGGGCACACAAGCUGCACACUCGCAAGCAGAUGUGGAACGUGGCACGCAAAUCCUGCAUGGAGGAAGGAGGUUACUUGGCCAUCCCGAACUCGUUAGCCGAAGAGGCGAUUCUGCUAAAAUGGAUGCAGGCCACGAAGGUCGAUCGGGCCUGGUUAGGUAUUCACGAUCUGUUCGAAGAAGGCGACUGGGUAACCAUAACCGGUGAAUCGUUGGAGAGAUCCGGCUACGACAAAUGGACACCAGCGAUCCCGGGCGAUCCCGACAACGCGGGCGGGAAUCAGAACUGCGCGGCGCUUGUGGGCGAACAUGGCGGAAUGGACGACAUCCAAUGCGGGGACUCCUUCUUCUACUUCUGCGAGAUCACCAUGUGUUGAUCGGUUGGGUCUAGAUCCCAGAAAAACUACGAUAUU